UUUUCAUCUAAAAUGGUUGAUAUGUAGAUCUAUUUCCGCUUGCUACCGGUGGAUAUGUAAUAAUAAUCAUUAUAAUGUAAACUAUGAUAGAGGUCUAGUCAAUAUAGAUCUAGAUCAAAAUAGUAGAUCUAUAUAACAGAUCUAGAUCUGACUGAUUUUUUAACUUAAAACACAUUUUCUAUGAAUUCUAAUAAAUUCUUAUUUUAUCAACCUAGUCCUAGACUGGCUAGGCAGUAGACUUAUAAGACUAGACUUGAGACUUGAGUAGACUGACACUACUGACAGUGACAGUGACUCUGACUAGUCUGACUGAGUCAGUAGAGACUAAGAGUAGAGUAGACUCAGGGGGACUGUCUAGUAAAAAGUUUAAAGUCUAAAAAAAAGUUAGUUUUCAAGUCUUAAAAGUUUUGUUUGUUUGUAUGUUAAUGUUUCUUAAAAGUUAAUAAAUUAAAACAGGCCAGUUCCUCAAGCUUGACUUUUUCAACAACUAAAUCUCAUUGAAGUUUGUACUGAAUGUGUUGAGAGACUUUAAAAAUACCACUCUUUUGAAGUAUGGACGAUGUGACUUGGACUAUAAUGGAGGGGUCAUAGCCACCCAGAAUUAUCACUUUUUUACUUCAAUUUUUAAGCGCCUGAAAAAAAAAGUUGUGAAGCUGAUAUCUUUGUUGGCUUGUUGUUGUUUUUUUGUGCACUAAACGGGAGAUAGGCUUUCCUCUCGUUGCUUACCAUGGGGAACAAAAACUCUUGUUGUGUGUAUCAAAGUCCUAAGAGCCGCACCAAAAAAAGUGAGCAGUACCUUUACCAGCCACAAUCAGGUGAACCCCUUGUGGAGGAGGGGCCCAGUAUACCUCAGCCUCCUCCUCCAGUGUCAGUUGGUGUGCCACAUAUUAGCGAACGAGAACCAGAAGAUAGUGACCUUGACCCUUCAAGCCAUCCUGGUGCUAAACCAAUAUUUUCGACCAGAUCUGAAUCAGAAAUACAAAGAAAUAAUCGUAUGAGAAGAAGAAGUCAGAUGAUCAUGACAAGAUCAGGACAUAGACAACAUAUUGAUGAGUACGGCCAGCUACGCAAGUUUAGCUCAUGCUCAACUAUCUACAUGGACGACUCGACUGUCUCACAGCCAAAUCUUAAGACCACCAUUAAGUCUGUAGCAUUAGCCAUAUACUUUCACAUCCGCAACAGAAUUCCACCUGACGAGGAAAGGGAGCAGAAUUUGGCGGCUCUGGAGCCGGAUGUCUUGCAGAUAUUUGACGAAAAGGCACACCCACUUUCAAAAGACCCAGUGCCUGAUGACUACCAAAGACGAGAUCCAGAACACAAAGUCAUCUACCGUUUUGUUCGCAAUCUUUUCAACGCUGCUCAACUUACAGCUGAAUGUGCCAUCGUAACAUUGGUUUAUUUGGAGCGUCUGCUGACCUACUCUGAGAUUGAUAUCAAUCCAAGCAACUGGAAGCGAAUGGUUCUAGGAGCCAUCAUCCUGGCCUCUAAAGUUUGGGAUGACCAGGCUGUAUGGAAUGUGGACUUCUGUCAAAUCCUCAAGGACAUCCAAGUUGAUGACAUGAAUGAGCUAGAGCGGCAAGUUUUGGAACUUCUUCAGUUCAACAUUAAUGUUCCCUCCAGUGUGUAUGCCAAGUAUUACUUUGACCUACGAGCUCUCGCAGACGCCCACAGCUUUGUCUACCCGCCUGAACCUUUAGAUAAGGAAAGAGCGUUAAAGCUAGAGGCUAUGUCCAGUGUGUGUGAAGACAAACUACGGCUCUGGCAUCGAAAGAACCGCAGGCGGAUUGCAUCACUGGAUGGCCAUGUGUGGGCAAGGCACCGACCCAAGGCCAUUUUAUCUUGACCAUCUGCUCAACAGUUUAGCUAUCAUCUCCUUAUCGACCUUGAGUUUGGGAGCCGGGGAACUAGAAUCUUAGGAUGCUGGUGCUGUAUAUACUGUGCUGCUAAGUCAUUUGUCUUUAUUUUUUUAAUAACUGUACUACCUUGGAGGGUAGAUCUGUGUGUGUGUGUGUGCGCACACUGAGGGUAAGGCUUCAGUCAUGUGUUUGUGUACUGAAAGAGAGCUCAAGGUGUUGUCACUCACAGAAUAUGCUUGGCUACUAACACUAAACAUUUUUAACCUAGUCAUGAGACUCUUUUUUUUCUACAAUCAUUAUUAGUACUAACUACUUCCAAUUCUUUAUUCCUUAUUUACCCAUGAGGGCAGUGUGUUGUGCUCCUUUGACUUAGGAGCCACUAUUUGUUUACCCAUGAGGGCAGUGUGUUGUGCUCCUUUGACUUAGGAGCCACUAUUUCUUUACCCAUGAGGGCAGUGUGUUGUGCUCCUUUGACUUAGGAGCCACUAUUUCUUUACCCAUGAGGGCAGUGUGUUGUGCUCCUUUUGACUUAGGAGCCACUAUUUGUUUACCCAUGAGGGCAGUGGGUUGUGCUCCUUUGACUUAGGAGCCACUAUUUCUUUACCCAUGAGGGCAGUGGGUUGUGCUCCUUUGACUUAGGAGCCACUAUUUCUUUACCCAUGAGGGCAGUGCAUUUUUGUUUCUUGGUUUAAUAGCCAGUGAUCGUGUUAAGGAAGCACAUAGUUUCCUUUCAGUCGCAGUUUUACUGAAGACAUUCUCAACUGGCCUCGAAAGUUAUAAAUAGCUUAGUCUACGGCAAUUUAUUUGUAGAAAUAAUCUACUAAUAUCUUAACUGGUGUCAUGGAAACAUUUUCUCUCUGAAACAAAUUUGACAGUUUUUUUAAAGCAAAACGUUCUUUUGUAAUGCCUCAUAAGUAUCGUAGUAUAACCCUAUUUUGCUUGUUAGGUAGGAAGCAUGAACAGAGAAUUUUCACUUCUGCUGAGUUGCUUAGAGCAUAGAUUGGCUGUGGAGUAUGUUAAGCAAUGAAACUGAAACUUAAGGAAACUUAAGAGGGCAGUGGGCUUGUUGCUGGUCUUGAAUUUUUAUGGUUGGGGGGGGGGGGGGGGGGGGCUUAACAACAGCUAUUUUUAACUUGCUCAUGUUGUAACUAGUAAGUGACAUUUCUAAUGACAUACCGUAUAUCAUGAACCUCUCAGAGGUGUAGUAUGUUUAUAGUAGUUAAGGCAUCGCCUCUUUAUGCCUUAAUGGAUUUGAUUCCAGUGUUGGCAAUGGUUCUUCACUGAGCACUGGUGAACUGCAAUAAUCUUAUGGUAUGGCCUACGUUGUUAAUGAUUUUGUGUCAGGAUUUGCUAUUUUGUAUUUACUAAAUGAAGUCAACUUUGUUCACUCACAAUCCAUGCCUCUUGUCUGUUUGUGCUACUAGUGUGGUGAUCACUAUCCAUUUUUUCAGUGUCACAAAAAAAAAAAUGGAUUUCAGUCACUUUGCAAACAGAGAAAAUUAGAAAACAUAGACAUUUUGUAUUACUUAGGGUGCGUUUGAUUUAUAAAAUAAAAAGGUUGAAAGGUGAUAGGGAUGUUUCAUGACUUGUUCAUAAUUCUAUUUCAAAGAUGACUCGAGAUUAAUAACCAGGCUAGAAACAACAAACUUUGCUAUGCAGGGUUCGAACCCUGCGCACUGCCAUCCCCUGUCGGAGGUUUGGGCUAGAAGAAACAAACUGUGCUGGAAGUCUUACUGUUUGAAAGCGUUGUGCUAGCGCUGUGCGGUGUGGAAGUCUGCUGGUUCAGAUCUUGGGUCAUGGGUCUAGUGGCUGUGAUUCGUGGAGCAAGUGUUGUGAUGAUGUAACACAUCAUUCUGUGAUUUAAUUUUGGUACAAAUACAUAACAGUUAAGUUUUUUACCCGGGGAGGGGGAGUUGUCUUUUCUGUCUAGCAUGCAGUGUUGUUAGAAGUCGAACUGUUCGCAGUGUGAUAAUGAAGUUUUUAUUCAAACCCAUUAAUGAAAUGUAAUGGAAUUAUUUUUUUUACGAAUGAAUGAUAUAUUUGGUACAAUAACUGAGAAGCUCCAUUACACUUGUUUUUCCCAAGCUUACAACUCAACCAGACAUUGGACAACAUAAAGUCUGGUUGUCUUCAUCAAGCAUUACUGUAUAAAUACUGUAUUGAUACUGCAUUCAUUCAUUUCAAUUCUUUACCUGAAGCAUCAUAGAGUAAAUUGACUUAUUUCAAGAAUAAUUUGUUGACAAAAAUAUUAUAUUUUUGUUUUUAAAGAAAUUUCAAAUCUGUGUAAAUAAAGAAUAAAACAUUGUGACAAUGUUGUAUAUUAAUUUAUGCAUCUCAUUUAAAAAUGUAAACUCAUCGCUAGUUAGACUUGGCUAGUUUGGUUCCUUAUUGUGUCUUGUAGUGCAUGUCGUCACCAUUCUAACUUCCGGUAGGUCAAGACCAUCAUCCUGUUGACUUUACACUAAGAAGCUGUGUCAGUGAUCUGUUCAUUUCUAGUCUUUCCAGCUUGAGUCAACGCUUCUCUUGUACAUAUGAAACAUUGUGUCCCUCUUGCAGGAAUAGAUCUCUUGUAGUCCUUCAUAAUGGACAGCGUUUUAGUUUGUUCUUAUUAAAGUGAAAUACAUUGGAAAUUUUAAUCAGUAAAUUUGAUUAUUUAUUUUGUUUGCUUUAAUUUGUUUUAUAUAUAUUUUUUUAAACUUAAUUGGCUACUAAUAUUUAUUCUGCUUUUUUUUUUAAUUGAGUGUUACUGUAUUUAUUUUUUUUUCUUUUAAUUAAUUUUUUUUUUUCCUUAACUAAAAAGUUACUUUUAAUUUUUUGGAUUCUUGUUCAAUCCAAAUAUAAAUUUUAUAGGUUUAUGUCAGUGUUCAUAUACUACAACAAAAUAAUUGAGUUGAAUAAUAUCUGAAUAAUAAUUGUGCCUCUGUUUAUUUUUCUUAAUUGCUCAGUCUCAUUAUGUUAGCAGUUUCUGCAUGAUGCUUCCUCAAUAACCCCAGUAUUUCUAAGUAUGUUUAAGAUUAUUUCCUAAGUUUUUUGUUGUAUUUUUUUUAGUUAGUUGUUUAAAAGGCAUGUUGUUGUUUUAGAUUACUGUUUGUAUGUUAUUGUUUUAGAUUACUGUUUGUAUGUUGUUGUUUUGGAUUACUGUUUGUAUGCUAUUUUUUUAGAUUACUGUUUGUAUCUUGUUUUAUAUUACUGUUUGUAUGUUGUUGUUUCAGAUUACUGUUUGUAUCUUGUUGUUUUAGAUUACUGUUUGUAUGUUGUUGUUUCAGAUUACUGUUUGUAUGCUAUUGUUUUAGAUUACUGUUUGUAUGUUAUUUUUUAGAUUACUAUUUGUAUGUUAUUUUUUAGAUUACUGUUUGUGUGUUAUUUUUUUAGAUUACUGUUUGUAUGUUAUUGUUUUAGAUUACUGUUUGUACAGUAUGUUGUUGUUUUUUUAAAUGAUCUUUAUGCCCUUUCAAUUUUUAUUUAUUUUUAUUGACAAAUUUGUUGGUUAAUUAUUCUCUAAUGGAUACAGCAACAUUUGAUUUGUCAUAGGCUUGUGUUGCUGGUUGAAUUUACAAUGCAAUGGAUCCGUCUCACAGAAUGCUGGUAGUGGAACUCAAGCCAGUGUGUGUAUGCGUGUUAUUGUGAAAGAUAUCACUAGGUACUGCUUUCUGUAGCAUUCAAAGGUGUCUCGUGUUAUAGACUUUUAAUUUAUUGCUAAUGUUUGAAGACGUGAUGGUUUGACAUGGCGUGCACAAGUAUGUGUUCUAGUUUCUCAUUUUUAUGCUUGACCACGUGACAGAAUUCAGGGCUAAUGACAUCACUUGAAAACUUGUCAUCAUCUAGUUUUUUUUUUUAUAGGUUACUAUGUAAUUAAUUAACUGGAUAAUUUUUUUUUUGGUAAGUUUAAUAUCUUGUUAGAUGCCAUUUGUAAAUUAAAAAACAAUGUACAAAAUAAUUUAUUUCAUGCAAACAGAUGGAGUCCCUGAGCAGUACGAUUGAAUAUAGCUCAGUUUGUCUGUGAAUAUGUGACUUGUUUUAAUUAAAAACAAAACAAAACA